AUGGAAUCUGAAGCUUAAAAUGCAUUGAUUUUCUUGGAGUCAAUAUAGGAAAAAGGCAUCUAAGAGAUUGAAAUUGAUAAAUGGGAUUAACUCUAAGAGAAACUUGUAAAGUCUAAAAUUCAAAUCAAAAUUACCUAAGAUAAUUAUAUCCUAUACACUUAAGAUGGAGUAAUAUUGAAAAGGUAACAAUAAUUUGUAAAUUUUGAUAGUGAACUAAUUUUAGAUAAUUCUAAGAAACUAGAAAUCGUGACAAAUAUAGACUAGAUCAAAUAUUUUCAAUGGACUGGUGAAUAUGGAUAGAAUAACAGAAAACUUGGUAAAUGGAUAGUUACUUGGAAUAUGGAAGUCCUUAAAGAUGUUGGUGGGUAUUAUGAUAAUGGAUUAAAGCAAGGUUUAUGGAAAGAACCAAUUAAAAAUUAUUGGAGGUAGAUAUUCAUAACAUAAUCGAAAAAAUAGUAAAGCUCAAAUCUAUGAAAGAGGAGUAUACUAUAAUAAUUAAAGAUUUGGGACUUGGAAUUUUAUUUAGGACAAUAAAAGAAUGUAUAUUUGAUAAAUUACUUAGUGGGGGUGGAUAGUAUAAUAAUUAAGGUAAGAAAAAUGGUAAAUGGAUUGAGUUGAAUGAUAGGUAUUAUAACCUAUCAUAAAUCACUCAUUAGGGUGAAUAUAAAAAUGAUAAUAAAGUUGGUGAAUGGAAAUGUUAUUUGAAUUAUGAAAAAUAUAAAUUGAUGUAAAAUUAUUAUUUUAAUAAACACCCAUUAGCGGAGGUGGAAUAUAUCACCAAGUAUAAGAAGGAUCUAUUAAAAUUGGGAGGUGGAUUGAAUUAAGUGAUGGAUUUAGCGUUGGGUCCAAAAUUACUUUAUAAGGCGAUUAUAAUAAUGGUAAAAAAGUAGGUAGUUGGAAUUAUUAUUGGAAUGAUAACAAUAUAAAUAAAUUGAUGUAAAAUUAUUGAAUAUCAAAAAAAUAAAUCUAGGGGUGGAGGAUUAUAUGAUGAUUCAAUAAAGAUAGGAAGAUGGAAUGAAUUAAUUAAUAAUUUUGGAGGUGGACAAGGAUAAUCAUAAAUAGCUUAUGCUGGUGAAUAUUAUAAUGACAAAAAAAUUGGUAGAUGGAAUAUUUUGUAUUAGGAAUAUUGGGAAAAGAACUUUUAAAUAGUGUAAGAUUAAAAAAUCAAAUUUUUUAGUGGUGGUGGAUUGUAUAACGAUUUAGGUUCAAUUAAAAUUGGGAAUUGGAUUGAAGUGAGUGAAAAUUUUGGGAGUAGACGAGGAUAAUCAUUUGUCACUUAUCAUGGUGAAUAUAAAAAUAAUAAAAAGGUUGGUAAAUGGUAUAUUUGGUAUAAAUAAUUUAACAACAGAUGGGAUUCAGAAUAAAUGUAUAUUUUAAUAAAAAAAUUAUUUAGUGGUGGGGGAUUAUAUGAUCAAGAAGGCUUUUUUAAGAUAGGUAUGUGGAUUGAGGUAGGUGAUGGCUUUGAAAUGAAUAUGUAAAUAAUUUAUAGAGGUUAUUAUUAAAACGAUGAAAAAGUUGGUAGAUGGGAUAUUUUGUAUAGAGAAUGGGGAAGAGAAAAGUUUGAGUAGAUGUAAAAUUAAAAAACCAUUAUUUUAGUGGUGGUGGAUCAUACAGUGAAGUGGGUUCAUUGAAGAUUGGAAAGUGGAUUGAGUUAGUUGAUGGUUCCCUUGUCUCUUAUAUAUGUGAAUAUAAAGAUGGUAAAGUAAUUAGUAUAUAAAAAUGAA